AUGCUGUGCCUCGUGUCGCCGUCUUCUUCGCCGACUCCGCUCCCGCCGCCGCGGCGCUCUCGCUCGCCUGCUGAUCGGGCGGCGCCGCCAGGGAUCGCGGGUGGCGGCAAUGUGCGCCUGAGUGUGCUGUCUGUCCAGUGCGAGGCCCGCCGGUCAGGGGCGCGGAAGGUCAAGAGCAAAUUCGCCGCUGCAGCUACUGUACAAGAAGAUAAAACUAUGGCAACCGCCAAGGGCAAUGUCGACCAUCUUCCUAUAUACGACUUGGACCCCAAGCUGGAGAAAUUCAAGGACCAUUUCAGCUACCGGAUGAAAAGAUACCUGGACCAGAAAGGCUCCAUUGAGGAAAAUGAGGGAAGUCUUGAAGAAUUUUCUAAAGGCUAUUUGAAAUUUGGGAUCAAUACAAGUGAGGAUGGAACUGUAUAUCGCGAAUGGGCACCUGCUGCACAGGAGGCAGAGCUUAUUGGUGACUUCAAUGAGUGGAAUGGUGCAAACCACAAGAUGGAGAAGGAUAAAUUUGGUGUUUGGUCGAUCAAAAUUGACCAUGUCAAAGGGAAACCUGCUAUCCCUCAUAAUUCCAAGGUUAAAUUUCGCUUUCUACAUGGUGGAGUAUGGGUUGAUCGUAUUCCUGCAUGGAUUCAUUAUGCGACUGUUGAUGCCUCUAAAUUUGGAGCUCCCUACGAUGGUGUUCAUUGGGAUCCUCCUGCUUCUGAAAGGUACACAUUUAAGCAUCCUCGGCCUUCAAAGCCUGCUGCUCCACGUAUCUAUGAAGCCCAUGUGGGUAUGAGUGGUGAAAAGCCAGCAGUAAGCACAUAUAGGGAAUUUGCAGACAAUGUGUUGCCACGCAUACGAGCAAAUAACUACAACACAGUUCAGUUGAUGGCAGUUAUGGAACAUUCUUACUAUGCUUCUUUUGGGUACCAUGUGACAAAUUUCUUUGCGGUUAGCAGCAGAUCAGGCACACCAGAGGACCUCAAAUAUCUUGUUGAUAAGGCACACAGUUUGGGUUUGCGAGUUCUGAUGGAUGUUGUUCACAGCCAUGCAAGUAAUAAUGUCACAGAUGGUUUAAAUGGCUAUGAUGUUGGACAAAGCACCCAAGAGUCCUAUUUUCAUACGGGAGAUAGAGGUUAUCAUAAACUCUGGGAUAGUCGGCUGUUCAACUAUGCUAACUGGGAGGUAUUGAGGUUUCUUCUUUCUAACCUGAGAUAUUGGCUGGAUGAAUUCAUGUUUGAUGGCUUCCGAUUUGAUGGAGUUACAUCAAUGCUGUAUCAUCACCAUGGUAUCAAUGUGGGGUUUACUGGAAAUUACCAGGAGUAUUUCAGUUUGGACACAGAUGUGGAUGCAGUUGUUUACAUGAUGCUUGCAAACCAUUUAAUGCACAAACUCUUGCCAGAAGCAACUGUUGUUGCUGAAGAUGUUUCAGGCAUGCCAGUCCUUUGCCGGUCAGUUGAUGAAGGUGGAGUUGGGUUUGACUAUCGCCUGGCAAUGGCUAUCCCUGAUAGAUGGAUUGACUACCUGAAGAAUAAAGAUGACUCUGAGUGGUCGAUGGGUGAAAUAGUGCAUACUUUGACUAACAGGAGAUAUACUGAAAAAUGCAUUGCAUAUGCUGAGAGCCAUGAUCAGUCUAUCGUUGGCGAUAAAACUAUAGCUUUUCUCCUGAUGGACAAGGAAAUGUACACUGGCAUGUCAGACUUGCAGCCUGCUUCGCCUACAAUUGAUCGAGGGAUUACACUCCAAAAGAUGAUUCACUUCAUCACAAUGGCCCUUGGAGGUGAUGGCUACUUGAAUUUUAUGGGGAAUGAGUUUGGUCACCCAGAAUGGAUUGACUUUCCAAGAGAAGGGAACAACUGGAGCUAUGAUAAAUGCAGACGUCAGUGGAGCCUUGUGGACACUGAUCACUUGCGGUACAAGUACAUGAAUGCGUUUGAUCAAGCAAUGAAUGCGCUCGAUGAGAGAUUUUCCUUCCUUUCGUCAUCAAAGCAUAUUGUAAGCGACAUGAAUGAUGAGAAAAAGGUUAUUGUCUUUGAACGUGGAGAUUUGGUUUUUGUUUUCAAUUUUCAUCCCAAGAAAACUUAUGAGGGUUACAAAGUUGGAUGCGAUUUGCCCGGGAAAUACAGAGUAGCCCUGGACUCUGAUGCUUUGGUCUUUGGUGGACAUGGAAGAGUUGGCCACGAUGUGGAUCACUUCACGUCGCCUGAAGGGAUACCAGGGGUGCCUGAAACAAACUUCAACAACCGGCCAAACUCAUUCAAACUCCUUUCUCCACCCCGCACUUGUGUGGCUUAUUACCGUGUAGAUGAAGAGGCUGAACGUCUUCAAGCGAAAUCAGAGACAACUGAUUCUAGAAAGACUUCUCCAGAGAUCAUCGAUGUUGAUGCUACCCCCGCCAAAACUUCUACCGCUACUAAAGAAGACAAGGAGGCAACAUCUGGUGGCAAGAAGGACGAUUCAAGCAAGAAGGGAUGGAAGUUUGCGCGCCAGUCAUCAUCCAAUAAAAAUACCAAAUGA